GCGCUGGGCUCGCAGCAGCCGAGGCAGCCCUGGCUCUCGGGGGAGCGACCCUGUGCAUGCUGCCACACGCAUGUGCGAGCGAAGACUCCGGCAUCGGAGCCGCUGCCUCGGCGGGCAUGAAAUGUGCGCUCCUCGGGCUGGCGAAAUCGCCCAGCAAGAAAGGCGCCGCUGAAUGGCCGAGGGGGGAGCGGGAGGAAGAAGGCGAGGAAGAACCGGCCGGAGCCAGGAGCCCCAGCCGCUGCUUGCCCAGCAUGCUGAGGAAGGUGGAAAGACAUGAUAUGAAUACCCUCAGCCUGCCUCUUAAUAUUCGCCGGGGAGGUUCGGACACCAACCUCAACUUUGAUGUACCUGAUGGUGUGUUUGAGUUUCACAAAGUAAAACCCAAUGCAGACAGUUUGAAGCAAAAGAUUCUGAAAGUUACGGAGCAGAUCAAAAUAGAACAAACAGCUCGGGAUGGGAAUGUGGCAGAGUAUUUGAAGCUCGUGAACAGUGCGGACAAACAACAAGCGGGGCGAAUUAAACAAGUAUUUGAAAAGAAGAAUCAAAAGUCUGCCCAUUCCAUUGCCCAGUUGCAGAAGAAAUUGGAACAGUAUCACAGAAAGCUCAAAGAGAUAGAACAAAAUGGUUCCUCCAAAAGUACCAAGGAUGCUUCCAAAGACAGCCUGAAGGAAAUCCAACAUUCCCUGAAAGAUGCCCAUGGGAAAUCUCGUAGUACUGGCCAGAGCAAUGAGAGCAGCAAAACAGGUGUUCCAGGAGUCUCCUUGACACCACCAGUGUUUGUUUUCAGCAAAUCCAGAGAGUUUGCAAACCUGAUCCGGAAUAAAUUUGGUAGUGCUGACAAUAUUGCUCACUUAAAGAGCAGCCUGGACGAUUUUAGGCCAGAAACUACUUCCAGGGCCUACGGCGGAAGUGCUACUAUAGUGGCCAAGCCAAAAUACACCAGUGAUGAUGAGUGCUCAAGUGCAACAUCUGGCUCUGCGGACAGCAAUGGAAACCAGUCCUUUGGCCAUGUUGGGACAAAUACUCUGGAAAGCCAUGGGAAACUAUCGAUUCUCUUUGAGGGACUGCGGGAAAUAAAGGAAGCACAAUCCCAGUUGGCAGAUGACAUUGAGAAUUUAAAAGUACAAUUCAAAAGAGAGUAUGGCUUUAUUUCUCAAACGCUGCAGGAGGAAAGGUACAGGUAUGAGCGAUUAGAAGACCAGCUGAAUGAUCUAACAGACCUCCACCAGCACGAGACAGCCAACUUGAAGCAAGAACUUGCUAGUAUUGAAGAAAAGGUGGCGUAUCAGGCCUAUGAGCGGUCGCGAGAUGUUCAGGAAGCUUUGGAAUCUUGCCAAACACGGGUCUCUAAGCUGGAGAUUCAUCAACAAGAACAGCAAGCCCUGCAGUCAGAAACCGUUAAUGCCAAAGUCUUGCUGGGGAAAUGUAUAAACGUAGUCUUGGCCUUCAUGACCGUAAUCCUAGUGUGCGUUUCCACCAUAGCAAAGUUUGUAGCUCCAAUGAUGAGAAGCCGUUUCCAUAUCAUUUGCACCUUCUUCGCAAUAACUCUUCUUGCAAUUUUAUGCAAAAACUGGGAUCACAUUGUCUGUGCCAUAGAAAAGAUGAUCAUACCAAGAUGAAUCCAUAAUGCCCAGAGCAUUUUUGUUUUUAAAAGAAGAAAUACUUCUAAACAAACUACCAAAUCUUUAAUUUUGCAGUUUACCUGUGCAGACUAGAUGAAGACUUUUCUAUUGGGUAUUAAAAUGUGAUGGUGAUAACUCCUGGCCGUGUAUUUCACCUCAUCAGUCACCUUAUAUGAAAUGAGGUGAAUCUGUUAUAGACUAAUUACUUAUGUAAAUCUUUCUGCCUUAAUCUAAUCUACUUUUUCUACGCUGCAGAAAUCCUGAACAGUCAAGUCUUGAAUACAUGAUCUUAACUAGACUGGGGUUUAGGAGAAGUAUAAUUGAAAUAAGAAACAGCAAUCCUAGUUGGGAGGUUGCAUUUUC